UAAAGCUUGGUGGCCCUGGCUUAUACCGUUACCGUGUAGUUGUGCGUCUUGUAGUGUUUUUUUGUAAAUUUCGGCGUUGUUUCCUAAUACAUACAUAAGUAUAUUUUAGAUAAUGUUUGGAUGUUUUAAUAAUCAACGAACAAGUAUUCUAAAUUAUUUCGCGUAUUUAAUAUUAUUUGAGCGUUAUUUUCGAGUUAUCCUUUGUUCGAAAUUUGAGCGUCGGUCAUGGCAAACAAAUAAGUUUUUUUAGUAAAUUCCAAACAUUCCUGUUCAUCGCGGCGUCCGAUUCGAAGCAUUUUAUACAUAACUCAAAGCUACAUUUAAUAAAUUAUAUAUAUGUAUAAUUUCAUAAAAUGUAAUUGUAGUAUGCUGCUGUGUUCGCAUGAUAUGUAUUUGUUUUAUUCUCAGUUAUCAAUUUUUCGAACUAACGAACGAAGACGAUACCUUCGUGAAGAAGGGACGACAAUUGUAUGUCUGUCAGAUACCAAUCCUCUCACUGCUUGCCAAAUUCUUGUUUCUCUUUUAACAUAAAAUGCCACAUAAAUGUGCCAUGGCAGACUGCAUGCGUAAAGCAGGAAAUGCUGGAAUAAUAUUGUUUUCAUUACCGAAAAAUCCUGCUAUCUAAGACAAGUGGCUCCAGUUUGCGAACAUUGAUGCCAGAGAAAAUAGGAGCAUUCGCAAAUCUUGUCGCAAUAAUGAUGCGCAACACUUUUUCAUGAUACACUUUAUACACUAUGUUUUAACUUUUACGUUAUUACAAAAUAUAAAUUGUAGCAUGAAAGAUUUGUUAUGCGUCUUUAUUGUGAUGCAAGUUCACAGAAUUCAAAUUUGUGACCUGAGAUUUCUGGGAUUAUAGAACUACGGAGCAACUUGCGGAAUGAGGCGAAAGGAGGGGGUGCUUAAUACGGUCCCCACUCACCAGAGGGCACUGAAACUCGUAUACGAUUUUUUAUACAGCGCUCUUAUGGGACCUUCCACUCUAUCUAAUCCUCUUUGAUAUACACAUAUACACUUCGUAAAAAAUCUUAUAAACAGUGAAGAAUUUUAUAAAUGUUCUACAUAUGUUAAUAAGUUGAUAAUUGAUGUGUAAUAUAUGAAACCCAAAAUGAGUUUCAACAAAGUAAAAGAAGUCAUCGAAGAAGGAGAUGUGGUCAUUUUAUACUUAGGACCCAAUAAUAUGCAUUCUUUGGAAGUAACCCAAAAAAUUGUAAAUAAAAAAGGUAAUAUGGUUGAUAACAUCUUUCAAACUAUAUAUGGAGCCCUCAAAGUUUUUUCUCUGGUUGGAGAAAAAUAUGGUACAAAAGUACAACUUUCACGUGGAUGGGGAUAUGUGCUACAACCAACACCGGAACUUUGGACAUUAACAGUUCCCCAUAGAACACAAAUUAUCUAUAGCCCCGAUAUAAGUCUUAUUUUGUACUUAAUGGAUUUAACACCAGGAAACAUAAUCAUUGAGACAGGUACUGGAAGUGGAUCCCUCUCACAUGCUCUUAUUCGCGCUGUUCGUCCACAUGGACAUCUUUAUACAUUUGAGUUUCAUGAACAACGUGUAAAUGUUGCUAAUACAGAAUUUAAGAGACAUGGUCUUAGUAAAUUUGUGACGUUAGGUCAUAAAGAUGUUUGUAUAGAAGGAUUUGGUAAAGAAUUGAAAAACAAGGUAGAUGCAAUUUUUUUGGAUCUCCCACAUCCAUGGUUAGCAAUUGAUCAUGCACUAUGUACUUUAAAAGAAUCAGGUGGAAAACUUUGUUCUUUUUCACCUUGCAUUGAACAAGUUCAACGUACUUGUGAAAAGUUAAUAUCAAAAGAAUUCAUUGAGUUAAAUACAUAUGAGUGCUUACAAAGAGAGGUGAAUGUACAAUAUAAAAACCUUCCUACACUUGAUUUGGAAUGUCUAAAACAUAAGCAUGCAGACAAAGAUAUGGCACAACAAAAUGAAGAUGAAAAGCAAAAUCAAACUAAACUUCUUACCGUAACGCACGCUCGUUCUCUACCUGGUCAUACAGGAUUUAUUACUAUUGCUACACUACCCCCGUUAUAUGCACGAAAAUCAGAAAUAAGUUUACAGUCCAAAGACUGAUUAUAUUCUA